AUGUCUUCUAAUCCAUUUUAUGUAUCAGAAAAUGAUCGUGAUGUUUCUACAAAUGAACAGAGACGCACUGCCCUGUCUGUUCACUCGUCAAUAGAGUUGGCUGAUAAAACUUAUAAACUUGAAAACAAUGAAAUAAAUGCACUGAGUAAAGACGAUGACAAACCUGAUAUUAUAGAAGAAUCACUCAAACGACCAUUGAAGUAUAAAAUUCUUGCAUUAAUAUGCACCUUGUCAUUAUCUAGUAUGUAUGUUCAACCUUUGAAAGCGACCGUUAAAAAGGAAUUAGGCAUCACAAAUACUCAAUACGAAAUAGUACAAUCCUCUGUGACACUAGUUAAUACAAUCCUACCAAUCCUUGGUGGUGUCUUUAUUGACAAAUUUGGAACAUCAACUGGUUCAAUCUUAGCUACAUCACUUAUUGCUGUAGGGAACAUUUUGGUAGCAUUAUCCACUUCUUUGGUAUCAUUUCCUGUGAUGGUGUUUGGUAGGAUUCUUUAUGGCAUCGGAAGUGGAACUAUUGUCACUGUUCAAACUACUAUUCUUAGUCAUUGGUUUAAAGAGAAAGGAUUGUCGAUAGUAGUUGGAAUACAAAUUGCUACGUCAAGAUUGUCGUCAUUCUUGGGAAAUUUGACUGUUGUUCCAAUUAAGGAUGCUACUGGAUUUUAUGAUUAUGUUGGUACCGGAUUAGGAAUUGCAAAAUCAUGCACGAACAUUGGCUCAACUAUAUUGGAAAUUGCCAUUGGUAAAUUGCAAGAUUUAGAUGGUGGUGAAUACAAUAUGGUAAUGGAUGUAUUUUUGGUUAUUAGUAUUAUUGCUGUUUUCAUUUCUGUAUUGUUGUUAAUAGUAGCAAGAAAAUGGAACGAUGGAAUAUUAGACAUGAAAGAAGAUAAAAGACGGGAAUAUUGUGAGGAAAUACUAACAAAACAUGAUAAGGAUGAACAAAAGUGGAGCUAUAACGAACAUGAAGCACAUGCAAAGGAUCAGUGA